AGUGAAUAGAAAUAUUAUUUUCAUGAUAAUUUGUAUCUCUUUUUUAAUGAGAUGGAAUUAUUUGAAACAAACUAAAUUAGCGGCGUUUUACUCCAGAUACCUAAAUGCACGCUGCAAAAAUGGCCUCUUGGAAAAACUGGUUGCCUGUGGUGAAAGCUGAAGAUGAAGAAGACUUGGUGGAUCCACAAGCAACACUUAGGGAAAAAUGCCAAACCAAGGGUCAUAUCGAGUCUUUGUACAACAAGUACCAGGAAUGCAAUGAUCGCGUAAAUGGACGAUCUAGGACAUCUGAAACCUGCAUGGAAGAAUUAUUUGACUAUGUCGCCGAAUUGGAUCAUUGCGUUGCUCAUAGUCUUUUCAACAAAUUGAAGUGAAAGAAAAGCUCUACAUUGUUGUUAAAUUAAAUGACUUACAUAGAAGUUAGAACUGA